GAAGUGGCAUCAGUCAUCUUUGAUAACUAAAGCAGCAUCUACAGCCUCAUUAUGAAAUUCUUUGUGUGCUUCGCUCUCAUCGCCAUUGUGGGCUCCGCUUUGGCCAGUCCGACCGGCAGCAGCUCGGCUUCCGUUAACAACCAGGAAUCCGAGUCUGAUAACCAGGGCUAUGGUGACUUGACCCGUCUACGCAAGUCCGCUUACGGCGGUGGCAGUUCCGGCGGCGCAGCCAGUGUGCCAGCUCCUCCCUGCCCCAGAAACUAUUUGUUCAGCUGCCAGCCCAACCUGGCGCCAGUGCCAUGCAGCGCUCCUUCUCAGGGCUACGGCUCAGCCGGCGCCUACUCCUCGCCCGUGGCCAGCUACCUUGACCCCAACUACGCCGUACCCCAGUAUCAACAGAAUCUCUACGGCGCUGCCUACUUGCCCCAGGCUUACGGCUACUAGAACAUCACGAGCAGAUUCUGAGGACUUGAGCUGCCGAGAAACCAAAAUCUUAGCCAUACAUAAAGAAAUU